AUGCAGAACUCAGAGAGUGGAUCGGAUUCUCCGGCUUCCGUGGCUUUGUGUUCGUCGGCGGCUGCCCAGGCACCUGUGGCCCAGCCAGUGACAGCCUCCCCGCAGAGGGUGUUGGUCCAGGCAGCGGGCUCAGCUGCCAAAGGGGCCCAGAUGCAGCCACUCUCCCUCCCCAGAGUCCAGCAGGUGCCACAGCAGGUCCAGCCGGUGCAGCACGUGUACCCACCCCAGGUGCAGUACGUGGAGGGCGGGGACGCCGUCUUCACCAACGGAGCCUUGCGGACGGCCUACGCCUACAACCCCGAGCCUCAGAUGUACGCCCCCAGCAGCGCCGCAUCCUACUUUGAGGCCCCAGGCGGCGCCCAGGUGACCGUGGCAGGCUCCUCCCCGCCCGCAGUCCCCUCCCACAGCAUGGUGGGCAUCACCAUGGAUGUCGGUGGCAGCCCCAUCGUCUCCAGCGCGGGAGCCUACCUUAUCCACGGGGGGAUGGACGGCAGCAGGCACUCCCUGGCCCACACGUCCCGCUCGUCGCCGGCUACGCUUGAAAUGGCGAUUGAAAACCUCCAAAAAAGCGAAGGGAUCACCUCUCACAAAAGCGGUUUACUCAACAGCCAUCUGCAGUGGCUCCUGGACAAUUACGAGACCGCGGAGGGCGUGAGUCUCCCCAGAAGUUCACUCUACAACCACUACCUGCGGCACUGUCAGGAGCACAAGCUGGACCCAGUGAACGCCGCCUCCUUUGGGAAGCUAAUCCGCUCCGUGUUCAUGGGCCUGCGGACUCGGCGGCUGGGCACCAGGGGCAACUCCAAGUACCAUUACUACGGGAUCCGCCUGAAGCCAGACUCGCCCCUGAACCGGCUGCAGGAGGAUACGCAGUACAUGGCCAUGCGGCAGCAGCCGGUGCAUCAGAAGCCUAGGUACCGGCCAGCCCAGAAGACGGACAGCCUUGGGGAGAGCGGCUCGCAUGGCAGCCUGCACAGCACGCCUGAGCAGGCCAUGGCUGCCCAGAGCCAGCACCACCAGCAGUACAUCGAUGUGUCCCACGUCUUCCCCGAGUUCCCGGCUCCCGACCUGGGCAGCGUCCUGCUGCAGGAGAGCAUCACGCUGCACGACGUCAAGGCCCUCCAGCUGGCUUACCGGCGGCACUGCGAGGCCACUUUAGACGUCGUCAUGAACCUCCAGUUCCACUACAUUGAGAAGCUGUGGCUCUCCUUCUGGAAUUCUAAGUCCUCUAGCGAUGGUCCCACCUCUCUACCCGCCAGUGACGAGGAGCCAGAAGGCGCCGUCCUCCCCAAGGACAAGCUGGUGUCUCUGUGCAAGUGCGACCCUGUCCUCCGGUGGAUGAGGACCUGCGACCACAUCCUGUACCAGGCGCUGGUGGAGAUCCUCAUCCCGGACGUGCUGCGGCCCGUGCCUAGUACCCUGACACAAGCCAUCCGCAACUUUGCCAAGAGCUUGGAAGGCUGGUUGACCAAUGCCAUGAGUGACUUCCCACAGCAGGUCAUCCAGACCAAGGUCGGUGUGGUGAGUGCCUUUGCGCAGACCCUGCGGAGGUACACGUCCCUCAACCACCUGGCGCAGGCGGCCCGGGCAGUGCUGCAGAACACCUCCCAGAUCAACCAGAUGCUCAGCGACCUCAACCGCGUGGACUUCGCCAAUGUGCAGGAGCAGGCCUCGUGGGUGUGCCAGUGCGAGGAGGGUAUGGUACAGCGGCUGGAGCAGGACUUCAAGCUGACCCUGCAGCAGCAGAGCUCCCUGGACCAGUGGGCCAGCUGGCUAGACAGUGUGGUCACCCAGGUCCUGAAGCAGCACGCGGGCAGCCCCAGCUUCCCCAAGGCCGCCCGGCAGUUCCUGCUGAAAUGGUCCUUUUACAGCUCCAUGGUGAUCCGAGACCUGACCCUGCGCAGCGCCGCCAGCUUCGGCUCCUUCCACCUCAUCCGGCUGCUCUACGACGAGUACAUGUUCUACCUGGUGGAGCACCGGGUCGCCGAGGCUACUGGAGAGACACCCAUUGCUGUGAUGGGAGAGUUCAACGACCUGGCCUCCCUGUCGCUGACACUGCUGGACAAAGAUGACAUCAGCGAGGCCCACUCGGAGAGCCGAGGACGGGGCGAGCCCCUGGUGAAGCGGGAGCGCAGCGACCCCAACCACCCCCUGCAGGGCGUCUAG